AUGCCGAGAUUUGCUUCGAAUGCCGAUUGCCAAUGCGACUUACAACGAUGCCGCCAUUGUGUUGGGGCUACCCGAGACGAGAUUAGUCGCACACUACUUCGAAUAUCGCAAAAAGACGUCAACGAUAGCCGAAAUCGCUUUAUACCACGACGCUGGUUAAUUUCCGAGAUCAACUACAACGAUGUGUUGAGAUGGCUAUCAACAUGUUUGCCAUCUAGUAUGGAUGUGACAAGCCUUGAGGACAUCGCUAGUCAGAUCAGUCCAGUAGGCGAAAGUUGUUCCCGAUGUGGAAGCUCCUUAUGCACCGGACUUAGAAUCAUAUUCGCAUGUUUGGUGUUGCUAGGAAGGGAAAGCUACAUUGUUCCUAUACAAAGAUCUCAACACAACAUCUGUGACAGCACGUGGCCACUUGACGGCUCGACCGCUGAAAGUCCAGCUGCUUCAGACCUUCUGAAAAUCCUGACCUCCCUCGAAGGUAAUGAGGAGGAGCUUUUCAUCCACUUGCAGUGGCAGAUGAGAUCCCCUUAUUUCCCGAGUUUAAUGCCGACUUCUCCCGACUUUGGUCAUUUUAUUAUCCAUGACCAAGUAAGUCUACCCUGGACAACAACCGAGGAAGAGGAAGGAAAGAUGGGUGGUAAGUUAUCAUCUGUGCACAAGAUCGGUAUCCACGCAGAUCAUUGUGAGUUUCAGGAAGCGGAAGGAAAAUCGUUUGCGUUGAAAAUACUCGAAAGGGGCAAGGUACUUACGGCUGCCGAGAAUGAGUUCAAGAAUGAAAUGGCAGCUAAUCAGCGAGCCACGCAUCCACGAAUUACUCCUCUUCUUGCAGCCUUCAAACAUAGGAAUAAGUUCUAUCUCUUGUUUCCCUGGGCAAACGGGGGUAAUCUUCAGCGUUUAUGGAAGGCCUACGACCCUUACCCAGGUCUCGGGGGUGUAGUAGCUUCCUGGUUUUCACUGAAGUGGAUGGCAGAUCAGUGUUACAAUAUUGCCGAUGCCUUGUCUACCGUUCAUGGCCAUCCAUCGAAUGAAGGAGGCGUUUCUGUUCAGGCACAGCUCCAUCACGAUAUCAAGCCAGAAAAUAUUCUGUGCUUUGAUGAUUUCAGUAAUGGAAAUGCGACUUUUACGCUCAAGUUAACAGACUUCGGUCUGUCACUACCCGCCGAUAGCCAAUCCACCUUCCGACCGAAGCAAAUUGCCGAGACGAAAUCCUACAGGCCUCCCGAAAGAGAUAUUGAGGACUCAACUGUAGGUCAGAAAUGGGAUAUCUGGUGUUUGGGGUGUCUUUAUCUCGAUUUCAUUACCUGGGCCAUCUUUGGCUGGUCAGGGGUACAAGAAUUCGAAGAAGCACGCCUUGAAGCUGAUGAAACCGAAACUGGAGGUUACGUCAUUGAAGAGGAUGUCUUCUUUGUCAAAGAAAGAGUCACUCGGCGUAGCUGGUGUCUAGGAAGGGCAAUAAGCAGCAUGGUUGCAAAAAUCAAGCCAGCCGUUAUUUCGCAUAUGCGAGAUCUUCGAGGUCAUAUGGAACCGGGUCAUGCUUUAGCGGAGCUCCUGGAUUACAUCGAACAGAAGAUGUUGGUCAUCGAUAGCUGUGGACGAGAUUCAUCAAGUGAAGUUCGGGACUUCUUGCAGGUAUGGAUGAAUUCUAUUAGUUAG